AUGGCCGAUCAAGUCAAGCACAUUAGCUCGCACCAAGAGUUCGACAACCUCCUCGCGUCGAACAAGUAUGUCAUCGCCGACUUCCACGCCGACUGGUGCGGGCCGUGCAAGCUCAUCAAUCCCCACUUUUCCAAGAUGGCUUCUACCUUCUCGAUCCCCGGCUUUCUUGCCUUUGCCAAGGUCAACGUCGAUCACGUACAGUCCGUCGCCCAGAAAUACAGCGUCGCCGCCAUGCCCACCUUCCUCUUCUUCAAGGAGGGCAACCAGGUUGCCGUCAACGGCCAAGCAAUGAUCCAGGGCGCCAACCUGCCGAGCUUGAAUCUGGCUGUUGAGAAGAUGGGGAAGCUCGCCAAGGAGAAGGCUGCCGCCGCCGCCGCUACCGAGUAA